GAUAAGUAUCGGCGGCAUAUCGAUAGUUCGUGAACCCAAGCCAAACAACGAAAUUUUAAUAAUAAUGGUGGAACCCAAGAUGCAGCCGCCCGUGGAGCGAGCGCCCAACGCCGAGACCGUCCUGCCCCUCAGCCGGGUGCGCACCAUCAUGAAGAGCUCCAUGGACACGGGGCUGAUCACCAACGAGGUGCUCUUCCUGAUGACCAAGUGCACCGAGCUGUUCGUCCGCCAUUUGGCGGGAGAAGCGUACACGGAAACAUUCCGCCAAAAGCCGGGCGAAACCCUGAAGUACGAGCAUCUCUCGCAGCUGGUCAACAAGAGGAAGAACCUCGAGUUCCUGCUGCAGAUCGUGCCGGAGAAGAUCCGGGUGCACGAGUUCCAGGAGAUGCUGCGAUUGAACCGAUCCGCCGGCAGCGACGACGACGAUUCCGAUUCCGGUUCAGAGUCGGAUGAAUGACUCGAACUGGACUUGGACUUGUACCGUCCCCAGACUGAUUUUAACGCCUCCCUCACCCCGCCAUCUCUUAGUUUAGGCCAGCCCUCCCCCACUAGAUAAGUUAACGAUUGUGUAUACAUAACCCCUGAUUAAUAAAGAGCAAAUAUGAGCAGUGUGUCCUCCAAAUGACCACCAGAUCGUGAGAUGUCUGCGUCUGAUAGC